CUCGCAUCCCGCUCCGCAUCGUUCGUGCCGCAGCGGGGUAGACCUCGUGGUGGACUCGAGCUCUUCGACUCGGCCAUAUUGGAUAGUGAAUGACUCCGUUACACAGGGGCUCAAGAGUAGCCGUGAAAUCUUCGCAAGAUCCUCGACGCCGUGAGGAUACCGAGCCAAGAUGGAAAACGAGUACACAGUUACGGUCACAAAUAAGUUCCUGCUGGCGCUCGAUGAGAGCGAGGAUCCACUGGAGGUGCUAAAAGUGCGCGAGCAGGAGAAGGAAGCCAAGAAGAAGGAGAGGAUCUCGGAGAAGGAGAACAAGACGAAGCAGCAACAGCAGCAGCAGCAGCAGCAACAACAGCAACAACAGCAGCAGCAGCAGCAGCAACCACCGCAGGACGGCCAGAAGGCGGCCAACAACAAGACGCAGAAGAGCCGCGUGAUCAAGGACGCCCAGCAGCCGCCGUCCAAGACGCAGGAGACUAAAAAGGAUCAAGCUGAUAAGAAGCCAGCUCAACCAAGAGCAAGCGGAGGAGACCGCAACGUCAAAUUCUCCAGCGAAUCCCGGGAGGAGCGCAACAAUAGGCGUAACCGGGAAGACGGGGAAAGAACGCUGCGGGGACAGGGAGAGUUCAGACGAGGACCUCCUAGUGAAGGACGCGAGACACGCGAGUUCCGAAACUCGAAUGAGACUCAACGUGGCGAAUAUGGGGAACGUCGUGGCCGCGGUGGAAUGCGCGGGAUGGGUCGUGGACGUGGUGGCCCCCGUGGACGCGGCGGCUUCGAUAAUCGCGGCAAACGCGAGUUCGAUCGUCAGUCAGGCUCUGAUAAAACUGGAAUUAAACCAGUGGAUAAAAAAGAUGGUGCUGGCAGCCAUAACUGGGGUACUCAUAAUGAUGAAAUAGAAGAAAGCCUGAAUCAAGACAGUCAAGAUUGGGCUAAUGAUAAACCGGAUGCCGAACCUCAAGCACCGACCGAAAUUAAGAACGGCGAAACAACUGCGGAUGCGACUGUUGAGGAGAAACCAGUCGAGGAAGAAACUCGUGAACUUACUUUGGAUGAAUGGAAAGCCCUGCAGAGUAACAGAGUUAAGCCUCAAUAUAAUCUGCGAAAAGCCGGCGAAGGUGAGGAUCUGUCCCGUUGGAAGAAGAUGUACGCUCUUGAGAGGAAGAAAGAGGGUAAUGAAGAAGAGGAGGACGAGGAAGAGGAAUAUGACGCAGCCGCGGAGUAUCCUCAGCGUGUUGGCAGGCAAAAACGAGUGUUAGGCAUCGAGAUCCAGUUCAGUGACUCACGACGUGGAUCCGGCGGUCGCGGUCGAGGUGGUCGCGGUCGUGGUGAUCGCAUGAACGGACGUGGAUUUGGAAAUCGUGGUGCUCCCAGAGAUGGUGACUCACGUUCACAGAACGAGCAGAGGUCGCCGCGAAGUCGUCAGAACGCUCCGAAGGUAGACGAUGAGAAUGACUUCCCUUCCUUGGGAUAGGUAGCUUCAUCUGUUGACUAUAUAACAUCCCACCAUUACCGUCACCAACAGUACAUUUACUGCAGAUAAAGCUCUACACUAACUAAAACAAAUAUUACUAUCGAGAAUCUUGCGUUAGUGAUAACAUUAUUAAUGCAUAAUACAGUACACCGUUGCAAAAAUGAGAUACGUAAUGCUAUCUAAAAAAAUUCCUUUCGUGACUUGAAUGUCACAAUUAUGUAUUGGCAUAUAAUCGUACACAUGAAAAGUUACAUGAUGUAUGGAGAAGAGAAACAAAUAGAUAACGAUCCUUUUUUUGUACUUGUGUGGGAAGCCAUUUGUCUAUAACUAGUCCGAGACACUGGCCAGCGGACGAAUGAUCUGUGCAAGAACGAUGCACAGAACAUAAUCACUGUGAACUUGUUGAUAAUUUUCAAUCCAUAAGAUGACAGGAAGAGAAUAUAUGAAGAACAUUGAGACAGAAAGAAAGAGUUUAAGCGGACCAGCAAGCGUAAAACGUUAUGGAGUAUAAACUUCAAGUUACAGUUUCAAUCUGCUUAAAUCCGAAUCGAAGGCAAUUGUCGAAAGAAGGAGAAAUUUUCACUGUACACAAAAGUAGUGGAACGCGGGCUGCGGUAUCGAUCUUGAUCCGAUGUCGCGUUAAGGGCCUAAAGGAGGCUGAAUGAUGUAGCAUCGAUACGCGCGCGAACAUGUAUAAUAUCUCUUUUUAGGCGUAAAUUUUAAACGCACUUUCUGUUUUAUAAGUUUUAUACGAUAUUUGGAAAAGAAUCCUUCCUUGUAUCACACACACAUAUACACAGGCAGGUCUGAAGCACUUGCCAUGCGUAAAAAUGUAAGAAACUUUUAAAAGGGAGAGUAGAUUUCUAUUUAAGAAAACAUCCUAAAUAAAUCAUCUACUUAGAGCA